AUGAUUACUAAUCUUGAAUUAACUAAUACCCAAAGUAAUCCAAAUUCUUGCUAUGAUAAAACUAAACGUCAUGAUAUAGAUCAAAAUAGUGGAUAUGCUACUCCGAAAUAUCCUUUUUGUUGUGCUAGUAGCAAAAUACAAUUACUACCUUUACUUAAACCUCUACUCUAUCUAUUAAAUCUUUAUACUUCAACUAAUUCUGAUGCAGUCAACUUUCGUAAAUACGUUAGAGGUUAUAACAGUGCCUUGGCUUGCACUUCUUUUGGUGCUAACAUAAAUAACUAA